AUGGAUGUUCGAACCAAGGGAAUAGCAUUGCUCACGCUUCUUCUAUUUUCUGCCAUUUCCUCGUUCUCUAUCUCAGCAGCCAAUCAACCCCACAAAGUCAAGAACCUCGCCACCCCACAUCGCCUUUCAUCCGCUGCUGUUUUCAAAGUUCAGGGGAAUGUGUAUCCUCUUGGGCAUUACACAGUGUCUCUCAACAUUGGGUAUCCCCCUAAGCUUUACGACCUUGACAUAGACUCAGGUAGUGACAUCACUUGGGUUCAGUGUGAUGCACCAUGUAAAGGUUGCACCAAGCCUCGUGAUCAACUUUAUAAACCCAAUCACAACCUUGUGAAAUGUGUCGACCAAUUGUGUUCUGAAGUGAACUUAUCAACAGACCAUAAUUGUGCUUCUCCAGAUGACCAAUGUGACUAUGAAGUUGAGUAUGCAGAUAAUGGAUCAUCUCUGGGUGUGCUAGUGCGGGACUACAUUCCUUUUCAAUUCACCAAUGGCUCUGUGGCGCGCCCUAAGAUAGCCUUUGGGUGCGGAUAUGAUCAAAAGUAUUCUGGUUCUACCGCCCCACCUUCUACUGCAGGAGUCCUUGGCCUUGGCAACGGCAGAGCAAGCAUUUUAAUACAGCUUCAUUCUUUGGGUCUGAUCCGCAAUGUAGUUGGGCACUGCUUAAGUACAGGAGGAGGAGGGUUUUUAUUCUUUGGAGAUGAUCCCAUUCCCUCUUCAGGAAUUUUUUGGACAUCCAUGCUGCCUAGUUCUUCGGAAAAACACUACAGCUCAGGACCAGCAGAGCUGUUGUUCAAUGGAAACCCUACUAAUGUCAAGGGUCUUGAACUUAUCUUCGAUAGUGGGAGCUCUUACACAUACUUCAACUCCAUAGCGUAUCAAGAUAUUGUAAAUUUGGUGACUAAUGAUUUAAAGGGGAAACAGUUGACAAGAGAAGCCGGGGAUCCAUCACUUCCAAUUUGUUGGAAGGGUCCAAAGUCUUUCAAAUCGAUAAGUGAUGUCAAGAAAUACUUCAAACCCCUUGCAUUGAGCUUCACAAAAACUAAGAAUGUGCAGAUGGAUCUUCCACCUGAAGCUUAUCUUAUUAUCACUAAACAUGGGAAUGUAUGCUUGGGGAUUCUAGAUGGCACUGAAGUAGGACUAGAAAAUCUCAACAUAAUAGGAGACAUCUCUUUACAAGAUAAAAUGGUGAUUUAUGACAAUGAGAAGCAGCAGAUUGGAUGGGUUUCUUCAAAUUGUGAUAGGCUUCCCAAUGUGGAGCGUGACUCAGAAGGUGAUUUUCCACACCCAAAUGCAGCCAAUUUCGGUAUCUUUGGGAACGGUUGCCCUGCAUCUUCUGAAGAUAUAGACGAUCAAUGA